AUGACGAUUCACCGAGCAGCAUGGCUGUUGCUAUGCCACCGGAGUCAGCUGCACCAGGUACCAAUGGGGAAACUUUCGCUCGGAUGCCCAAGGUCGCACGCGUGGACAGAUAUCUUGCUAGCUGGGCAAGCGUUGCGCUGCGAUAAACGAUACAACCAAAGAAGUUUCUCCUCGUCACGCAUCGUCAACCAGUCGAAGGAGGAACAAGAUAAGCUGAAGGAAAAGGUACAAGCGCAAGCGAACGCAAGCCCACCGAUUGAGCAGGAAUCGCGGCUAGAGAUAGACACGAAGCACGGAAAACUGUUGGUGAAAACAACACUGGCAGACUCGAAGCUGCAGGAGAUUAUAAUCGAGAAACCAAAAACAGAUACAACAUUAAAGGAAGCAACAACGUCGGCUACAGCCAAGAGAGAAGAUUUGCCGAAACAAUCGCUCCUCGCCGAAGAGGAUGCUCGCGUCAGAGCGGAAGCCGACCUGAAGGAGCAGCUGGCCGAAAAAAAUCGUCAGCUGGCGAAGAAACGAAUCCGGGUGGAUUUCUCGCGCUCUUCGCUGGAGCGCAACUUUAUCACACCGGUACGGGCCAUGUCCGACUUUCUGCUAAAGCCAUCCGAUUUGGAAGCGUUGGCUAAAACAAAACGUCGCUCACCGUACGAACAGGAACCACCGAUAACGGUCUAUUGGCGGAAGGAUGUGGAGGCGAAGGCGAUCGAGGUGUGGGGUUCGCGGGAAAAUCUUCUGAAGGAAUGUUUGAAGCGAGAAAUCGAGAAAAAGAUGCACCAACAGAACAUAUUUACCGUAAAGCGAAGAUUGCGGGACUAUCGGCGAGAAAUUGGUAGCCGCACAAAUGUGGUCGAUUCAGAACCGGGACUGUUUGGGAAAUCGGGCAAGGUUGUACUGACCGCGAUUGCAAUCAAUGCGACCAACUGCCUGUUCAAGUUCGGAGCCUGGUUGUACACGGGUUCGCACAGCAUGUUUGCAGAAACGAUACACUCGCUUGCGGAUACGAUCAAUCAGCUUAUUCUGGCGUACGGCAUCCACAAGUCGACCCAGAUCGCCGAUUCCGAUCAUCCGUACGGGUACAGCAACAUGAAGUACGUGUCAUCGCUAAUAUCCGGUGUCGGUAUAUUCUGUGUCGGAACUGGCCUGUCGUUCUACCACGGUAUCAUGGGUUUGGUCGAUCCCCAUCCGAUCGAUGACUUCUUCUGGGCAUUCUUCAUUCUGGGUGGUUCGCUAGUGUCGGAAGGCGCCACCCUGCUGGUAGCGAUCAACAGUUGUCGGAGUGGUGCGAAAGCCCUAGGCAUGAGCUUUAGAGAUUACGUGGCCCGCGGGCAGGAUCCGUGCGUCAAUGUAGUACUUACGGAGGAUGCCGCCGCGGUAUUAAGUGUAGCACUAGCAGCCACCUGUAUGGGUCUAUCCACCUACACCGGUUCGCCAAUCCCAGACGCGGUCGGUUCGCUGCUAGUAGGUUGCAUGCUCGGUGGCGUUGCCUCCUUCAUUAUCUACACGAACGUUGCAGCACUAGUCGGACGUUCGAUUCGCCAAGAGAAUCUCGACAAAAUUAACGCCGAACUGGAGAGUGACAUUAUGAUCCGGGCAAUCCAUGACGUCAAGGGUAUAGAUAUGGGGAACUCAUUGGUUAGAUAUAAGGCUGAAAUGGAUUUCGAUGGCCGUGAGCUGACACGCGUAUAUCUGGAUAAGCAGGAUUUAAACCUAUUACUGGAGGAGGUGCGUACGUUCCAAACGAUCGACGAGCUGGAAGCGUUUCUGCUGAAACAUGGCGAAAACAUUGUCGAUCUGAUGGGCGGUGAAAUCGAUAGGAUCGAAAUGAAACUACGGAAGAAAUUCCCCGAAAUAAGACACUGUGAUUUGGAGAUACUGUAA